AGGAUCUCAAGCCUUGAGCUUUUCAGCCACUCCUGAAAUAUUUGGGACUUGUUGCAAAAGUUUAUGAGUAACUACAAAUCACGGUGCAAACAAACCUGGCCGGCGAUUAGUUUUUAAUCAAAACAGACUUUUAAUUGCAUUUACUUUUCAACUUAAGCAAGUAUAAUCUACACAUUCUUCUACAAGUUCUUCACUAACUUUAGAACUGCAUGCUGCUCACAGUAUGCUUAAAUGGACUGCGUUUACUUUGGAGUAGUGAUGGGAGAAAGAAACGAAGCUUCUCGCAACUUUGAAUCAAUUGAAACAGUUGCUUCGUAAAAUGAUUUUUUUUUUAAAGCGCUCGAAACGCCAGCGGGCGCUUGAGACGCUUUGGUUGCUGUGAUACGGAAUAUCCCCUAAACUGUUACUUGUAUCUGAUUUGGUAGAUAACUUGUUUCUGACUAAAAUGUUGACACAAUGUAGAGUACUUGUUCUGGUCCUUGCUUUGGGUGGAGGGUGGUUGAACCAAGCACUAGAAAGAAGAGACGGACCCGCCGCUCUGUCAGUGUGGGUUCAUGAGAUUUUGGGCGCGCGAAAAGAGCUCAUUAACAGAAUUCAAACUGUCGUUGCUGGACUGUCCCAGCGAAUGAGGGGCUUUCUUGUGGUGGGUGUAACAGUUGGGUUAAUCUCUCGCGUACCUGCGUUGAACUUUAACACGGGUUUCAUAAGUACAAAAGUGAGGCAGUGACGCUAAGGAUGUCCAGUUCAAGAAAAGUGGUCGAAUUGUUCUAUGAUGUUGUUUCUCCGUAUUCCUGGCUGGCAUUUGAGGUGCUGUGUCGCUAUAGAAAUGUUUGGAACAUCGAGCUCAAAUUUAAACCGGCAUAUUUAGCGGGAGUCAUGCAUGGGUCAGGAAACCGCCCCCCUGGAAUGGUCCCAAAUAAGUUUCAUUACAUGACCACAGAUCUGAAGCGGCUGUCUAACUACUUUGGGGUCCAUUUGUCUCCACCCUCAAAUGCUUUUGAGGCAAUGUUUGAGAAAGGCACACUGAAUGCAAUGCGUUUUGUGACAGCUGUAGCAGAGAAGGAAAAAGAGGGAGACAUGCUGGUGGAAAGGGUAUCUAGAGAGCUCUGGAAAAGAAUCUGGAGUACUGAUCAGGAUAUUACCCAGCCUGCCUCACUCACUGAGGCAGGAUUAAAGGCAGGUCUCUCAGCCAAUGAGGUGGAGGAAAUUCUGACUCUCUCCAAAUCUCAGCCAAUCAAAGACAAACUGAAGAGUGUCACAGAAGAAGCACUGGAGCAUAAAUGCUUUGGUUUUCCUUGCACUGUGUGUUAUGUGAAUGGGAAGACUGAGGUCUUCUUUGGUUCUGACAGAUUUGAGCUCAUGGCUUAUUGCAUCGGGGAGAAGUGGGUGGGGCCUCAGCCUGCCAACCCCACGGCCAAAAUGUGAUCACUGCUCCUCAAUACCACUAAAUACAAUUUUUAAAAUGGUGUAAAUUCAUAUUGCUCUUACAAUAUAAACAUACUGAAUACAAAAGAGUGGGGGAAAAAGCCAUGGAGACAGAAAUAAUGAAAGUUAUGUCAAUAUACUGUACUGAUCAAAAGUUUUUUUCGUGCUCACCAAGGCUGCAUUAAUUUACUUAAAAUACUGUAACAACUGUAAUGUGGAAUAUUACUGUAAUUUAAAAUAAAUAAUUUUCUAUUGUAA